CAUAGCUCCGGCGUUGUAACGAGCAGCAGGAGCCCUGAAGCCAGGUACCGAAUGUCUCUACCUUCGGGAUAGGAUGCUGUAGCUUUCGCCACAGAACACCUCUGACUGUUGUGCCGUGGCCUUCAAAGGUCAGAGCGAUGCUCCUGGCGGCUCCGCUGUGAUCUCUGUUGGUUUCCACACAAACGAGACGACGGUUGGGCAGAAAGCGCUCGAGUCGCAGAACGAUGACGACGACGUCGCCCACUCACAGCGACAGCAGCGGCUCCUCUAAGCACGACAGUAACCAGGACAGCUGGGAGAUCGUGGAGGGGCUCAGGGGGGCUCCUGCCAGCAUGCAGGAGCCUGACAGACAGGAGGGCUUCCUGCUCAAGAGGAGGAAGUGGCCCAUGAAGGGCUGGCAUAAGAGGUUCUUUGUGUUGGAGAAAGGCAUCCUGAAGUAUGCAAAGCGUGGAUCUGAUCUGCAGAAGGGAAAGCUUCACGGCUGCAUUGAUGUCGGCCUCUCCGUCAUGUCGAUCAAGAAGAAAGCCAUGUGCGUCGACCUGGACACGGAGGAUAACAUCUAUCACUUGAAGGUUAAGUCUCCGGAGCUGUUUGACGAGUGGGUGUCAAAGCUGCGGCAUCACCGCGUGUUUCGGCAGAACGAGAUUGCCAUGUAUCCCCACGAGAGGCACCUCUUCAACCCCCACGCCUCGCCCGCCCUCAACGACUCCCUGAGAAAAAGGGCGACUCUUACUAAGCAGGCGUCGGUCCACAAAGCAAAGGUCAGCUCUUGGCUCCAUUCUUCAGAGGACAUGGACAAGUGCUGCAAAGACUUGGAGGAAUGUGAAUCGUACCUGCUGGAACUCAACCUGCUGCUGAAGAGCAUGGAGGUCCUCCACCGCACGUACUCGGCCCCGGCCAUUAGUGCACUACAAGCGUCUAAUUAUGACAUGCCCAAAAAAGAGAAGAGGCCGAGGAGAUGGCGAUCCAAAAACAAUGGCAAAGAAACCAAAGCCACACUACAGGUCCCAAGCUGCCUCUCCUCUCAAUCCCCUCGUCUCCACGCCUCCAACCCCAACCUCUCCACCACGGACUCAAACGCCCAGGAGGUCUGUCCCGAAUCCCCAGACUCGCCUACAGACGGGUCCCGUCUGCAGGAGGACUUCUGCACGCUGGCCAACAACAUCCACACCACGCUGAAAUCGGCCUUUAGUUCCCUCGUAGCGGAGAGAGACCGACUGAGGCACACCAUCGACAGGCAGGCCCCGCAGCCAGCGCAGGUCAUUGGCUUGAAGACCGCCUAUGCCUCAGUGAGUGGGACUCAAAAGAUCACAAUAUGUCCACCGACUGUCGCCUCAGGUCCAGUUUCCCUCAACCUGACUUCUUCUUAUCAUCAGGAAUGUACCAGAGGGUCUCACUCCUUGGUCCACCAGGUGUCCAAUGAGAGCAAAGCAUCAAUCCCAGAGUCCAUAUCGGAGUUCUUUGAUGCUCAGGAGUACCUCCUCUCCUCUUCCUCUUCUGAGAAUGAGGUCUCUGACGAUGACUCGUACAUCAGUGAUGUCAGUGACAGCAUCUCCGUGGACACCUACAGCAACGAGGGAGGCAGUGAGAGACACAACUCUGUUAGCAGCGUGGUGACCCGGGCCCGUCGGCGCGCCGCGCUCCCCUCUCCCAGCCCCACCAGCACCGUGAGCCUGUGGAACAUCCUGAAGAACAACAUCGGUAAGGACCUGUCCAAGGUGGCCAUGCCGGUACAGCUCAACGAGCCGCUCAACACCCUGCAGAGGCUGUGUGAGGAGCUGGAGUACAGCGAGCUGCUGGACACCGCCAACCGCACCCAAGACCCUUACCAGCGCAUGGUGUAUGUUGCUACAUUUGCAAUAUCUGCAUACGCAUCCACCUACCAUCGAGCAGGAAGUAAACCCUUCAACCCGGUCCUUGGAGAGACGUACGAGUGUGACAGACCCGAUAAAAGCUUCAGGUUUAUAGCUGAACAGGUGAGUCAUCACCCACCUGUGUCUGCAUGUCACUCUGAUUCAAGGAACUUCGCCUUUUGGCAAGAUGUUCGAUGGAAAAAUAAAUUCUGGGGCAAAUCCAUGGAAAUUGUUCCUAUGGGAACCACACAUGUCACACUACCUGCGUUCGGGGACCACUACGAAUGGAACAAAGUGACGUCGUGCAUCCACAACAUCCUGAGCGGUCAGCGCUGGAUCGAGCACUACGGAGAGAUGUCCAUCAAAAAUAUAAACAGUGACGCCUGCCAGUGUAAAGUCACAUUUGUCAAGGCGAGAUCAUGGAGCUCCACAGUGAACGAGAUAGAGGGCGUGGUGACCGAUUCAAAUGGAAAAGUUGUCCACUCCAUCUUUGGAAAAUGGCAGGAGUCAGUUUUUCAAGGAGACCCGCCUUCUGCCACGUGUAUCUGGAGAGCAAACCCCAUGCCGGUGGACCAAGACCAGUUCUACGGCUUCACCCAGUUUGCGGUGGAGUUAAAUGAGCUGGACUCCGCCCUGAGACCUCUUCUUCCCCCCACAGAUACGCGCUUCAGGCCGGACCAGAGGCUGUUGGAGGAGGGGAACACAGAAGGAGCCGAGGAGCAGAAACAGAGGAUUGAGCAGCUCCAGAGGGAGAGGAGGAAAGUGCUGCAGGACAACACCAUGACGCACCAGCCACGCUUUUUCAGGAAGUCAAACAACGACACAUGGGUGAGCAACAACUCUUACUGGGAGCAGCGCAGAGACCCUGGCUACAGUAAAAUGGACUUUCCUGUGUUGUGGUGACGUCUGGAUUUCACCAAACCGCUUCAUGACAACUUAUAAAGAGGGAAGUAUAAAACUGAACUGAGACCAGCCUCAAAGUGUCCUGACCUGCUUAGAAUGAAUUGCCCCGUGUCGCGGUAACCCAAACCUAUAUGGACUUCCUCUUUCAGGACUGAGCAGAGUCAGCAGGACAAAAGCAACAGAAGUUCUGUAGAACUUCUGUUGCUUUUGUUUCUCCUUAUGGAUACAUUCUCUCCUCUUAUUGUCAUAACUGUAAUUGACUGAUGUGUCAGUGUAAAGAUUCAUAUCCUGUUCUGUUGCAUCUCAGCAUUUACCAAAGUGCCUUUUUUACUGCAGUGCCUCACUCAGUCGACUGCUGUAGCAGUUAUGCAAAAACACUUUUAUUCUUGAGAUGUGUUGACUUCACUGGAGAGAAAAUGAUCUGUGUUGGAAUUUAAUUUGUUGUAAAGGUCAAAACAUGCUCACGUUUUCCUCCAUCCAGUCAGCAUCGUGACCCGAGGGUUUUGAUCAGAUCUUCUGAUUAUAGAAGAGGGACUUUUGCCUUUUUCAGUAUGAUGCCUUGUUAUGAGUCAUGAUGUCAUAGUCAUAGGGCAGUGGAUAAUGUUUAUCAAUGAGGAAAACGACAAUAAUACUCAAUGUUCAACGAAGAUAAUAAACUGUAUAAUGAAUGGAGAAGUUAUGGUGUGUUACACUUUGUUUUUAGUAAAAAGGGAUUAGCCACAGUUUAGUUUGCCACAAACAGUCUCUCCCAAAGUAACGAUCGUCAAGAAGUGUCCCUCUUUUAAGACGAUUCUAAGUGAAAGAUACCGUAACAUUAGUGGCAUAAGGAAUUUAGUUUAAGCAACACAGAAUACCAGCAAAGCAAACCAUCCCAAAACUGUUUGCUGUUGAAAUACAGUUUUUGAUGUAUAAUAUGUUGGACACCAAUCAAGACAAUUAAAAGCACAUGUGACAUUCAUUAUUAUUUAUUCUUAUUUGUAAUGUUAUUUUAUUUCCCUAUUAUUAUAAUUAUUGUUGUCGUUUCACGACUGGCGACUUGUCCAGGCUGCAACUGGUGGACGCUAGUCUAUUACAGACUGAAAGCGACUCACAAUAUGGGCAAUUUAGGGUCUAUUAGCCUGUAUGUGUGUAUGUCUUUGGGACUGUGGGAGGAAACUCUGUGAAUAAACCGGCAUGGGGAGAAAAUACCCAAGUCACCAAGGUGUUCCCCAAAAGCUGCUUUCUGUGAGGCGACGGAGCUAAUCCCUUCACUACUGUAGUGAACGUCAACGGAAAGAUGAUUAAAAACUAAGAUGUGACGAUAACGAUGACAAAAUCUCAACUCAUAAACUGCUGUCAGGGCCUCGAGGUCACCGAGUGGUUGGACUCUAAAUUUUACAGAAUUAAAUUGACUCGGUUAACAAGUAUUACUUUUGUAAAAGGAAGUUAAACUAAAAAAACCUGCAGCACCUUUCUCAAGAAGAUGAAAGCCAGUGGUGAAGGAGAGGUAGUCAGGCUGCACAACCAGCUGUGCUGCCACUAGACCACACAACACGAAACAUCUGCGCUAUAUACAUACACCGUGCAAUAAAAAACAAUUCUGUCUGUAAUAUAUUUAGUUAUAUUUAAGUUAUUGUGGAUUUUUAUUG